GGUAUCUCUCGCAUAGAAAGCUUAAAAUGCGAGCAACUGAGGAGCUCGAUUAGUUUUCUUGUUAGUUCCGGUGAGUCUCCCAGAAGUGCAAAAACUAAACUAAGCAAUGGUAUUGUCCAUGGAUAGAUGGGUUGGUAAAGUGGCCGUAGUCACCGGUGCCAGUUCCGGUAUUGGGGCCGCUAUUGCAGAGGCGCUGGUUGAGCAAGGGCUUAAGGUGGCUGGACUAGCCCGAAGAAAAGAUCGCCUGGAAGCUUUAGCUCAAAAACUUUCCAACAAAAAGGGCAAAUUUUACCCCCUUAAGUCAGACUUAACAAAAGAAGAAUACAUUUUAAACACUUUCAAGUGGAUCAAGGAGAACUUAGGCACGAUUCAUAUUCUCGUGAACAACGCUGGCUAUCUCGGAAAAACCACUCUAAUUGACGGAGACAGCGAUGUUUGGAGGAACACAUUUGAAGUUAACGUCCUGGGUUUGUGUAUAGCUACGAGGGAAGCCAUAAGGGAUAUGAGAGCCAACGACAUUGACGGGCACAUAAUCCACAUCAACAGCAUCGUGGGGCAUCAAGUGAUAAAUUUUCGAGAAUUUAACGUGUACAUUUCGAGUAAACAUGCAGUGACAGCCCUAGCAGAAACGCUGAGGUUGGAACUGGUAGAAUUGAAGUCGAAAAUAAAAAUUACGAGUAUCAGUCCGGGACUUGUGGAUACCGAAAUUUUACCAAAUUAUAUAACGAAGCACAAGAACCUUAUUGAAGAAAAACAAAUAAUCGAACCAGAGAAUAUCGCUGAUGCGGUUGUUUACGCAUUGUCGACUUCUCCGCAUGUGCAGGUAAGUUUUGUUCAGAUUUUACUACACUGGCAAAACGAAAUAAUUGCUAGUAAAAUCGCAUUCUAAAAAUCCCUUGUACCU